AUAGUUAUAGUAAGAUAUGAACAGUUAAGUGUAAAAGAGGAAUGUGUAGUUUUCUCUAGUUUUUGUGUAGUUUUAAAUUUUAUUUGUAAAUUUAGUAAAUAAUGGAUACAUUAAAUAUAACAACUUCUUUUUUUAUUGAAGUUGUGCCUUCAAACAUCUCUAUCUUAACUACUACUGGACCACAAUUUGCAAGACAAUUGAUGCGUUUUAAUAAUCAAACAGUUGUUAGUAAAGUACCUGAAGAGAUGUUACAUUUAAUUGAUUUAUAUUGGUAUCAAUUUCCACCAUUGGAUCCAUUAUGGCAUAAAAUCUUAGGUUUAGUUAUGAUUAUAUUAGGUAUUAUGGGAUGGUGUGGAAAUGGUGUAGUGGUUUAUAUAUUUAUAAUGACACCAUCUCUAAGAACACCAAGUAAUCUUCUUGUAGUAAAUCUUGCUUUCUCUGAUUUUAUUAUGAUGGGUUUUAUGUGUCCACCUAUGGUAAUUUGUUGUUUUUAUGAAACAUGGGUUCUUGGUAGCUUAAUGUGUGAUAUUUAUGCAAUGGUUGGAUCAUUAUGUGGAUGUGCUUCUAUAUGGACUAUGACAGCUAUUGCUUUAGACAGAUAUAAUGUUAUAGUAAAAGGUAUGUCUGGAACUCCUCUUACUAUCAAAAGAGCUAUGCUUCAAAUUUUAGGUAUUUGGCUUUUUGGUUUAAUAUGGACAAUUUUACCUUUAGUAGGAUGGAAUAGAUACGUUCCGGAAGGUAAUAUGACAGCAUGUGGAACGGAUUAUCUUAGUCAAGAUUGGACUUUCAAAUCAUAUAUAUUAGUUUAUUCUUUUUUCGUAUAUUACACUCCAUUAUUCACUAUUAUUUACAGUUAUUAUUUUAUCGUUUCGGCUGUUGCGGGUCAUGAAAAAGCAAUGAAAGAACAAGCAAAAAAAAUGAAUGUCGCUUCUUUACGAUCUGGAGAUAAUCAAAACACUAGCGCUGAAGCGAAAUUAGCAAAGGUAGCGCUAACGACAAUAUCAUUAUGGUUUAUGGCAUGGACACCAUAUCUUGUAAUUAAUUAUAUUGGAAUUUUUAAUCGAUCUCUUAUCACACCCCUUUUCACAAUAUGGGGUUCCCUCUUUGCAAAAGCGAAUGCAAUAUAUAAUCCGAUUGUUUAUGGAAUUAGUCAUCCAAAAUAUAGAGCUGCAUUGAAAGAAAAACUACCCUUUUUAGUAUGCGGCUCGACGGAAGAGAAAACUACUGCAACUGCAGGAGACAAAGCUUCGGAAAAUUAAAAAAACUUAUAGUAAACUUUUAUUAUAAAUAAAAAAAAUUGAAUUUUUUGUAAACUGAAUAUCAUUUGAAAAUUGAUUGUAAGGAGAAAGUGUUUGCAGGAAAUAAUUAGACUGAAAUUCAAUUGCUUGCAGAUUUGGUUUUAUUUGGUUUUAUAAAAUUAAGAUAUUAGGACACUCUCUUCAUAUUUUAUUGCAAUGUGAUGUGCUUACUAAUCUAGUAAAUAGAGCUGCUAUACCAAAGUGACCAUGUAUAUACCGAUACACAAUAAAUUAAUUACGCAAAAUCAUACCUAUGCGUAAAUAUUAAUGAUUUGCAUUGUGGUGAAAUGCAAAUCAUAUAUUCAAUCACAGGUGAUAAAAAUGUUAUUUAUUUUAUCGUGUAAUAAAAUUUCAUAUACUGAAAUUGUUCUUCGUCGAAUAGAUAUGUACUCUUUGCUAGGCUGUAAUUUCGAAUUUUUAAACAUAAUCAAUUGUUUUUAAUUUCAAAUAUUAAUUAUAAUCGAAUAUAUUCUUUUCAUAGAAAAAAAGAUUUCUUAAUAUUAUAUCAGAUACGUUUUUUUAUAUUUACAAAUCGUGUCUGUAAUAAAUUAAAUUAUUUGACUCUAGUCAAAUAUUUCAAUCUAUAUCAUUGAAUUGUUGAAUUUUUUGCGUUACGAUUUGAAAAAAAAAAUUUUGUGGUAUAUUAUUUUACGCAUUAGAUUUUUCGUUAUCCGUAACAGUAGUUGUACCGGAGGUUGUAGAUGUAGCGUCUGUAGAUGGUUCAGCAGCGCAUGCCAAUGAUGGGAAUUUCGCAAACAGCGCAGCUCGAUAUUUCGGAUGACUGAAAAAAGAAUAUUAAAAAAAAAAAAAAAAAAAAGAAAAGAAUAAAA